CCCGGGGCCAGGGGGAUGACAGUCUUGAGAGCACACCUUGCAGCCUCGGCAGUCACCGCUGUCGCCGCCACGUUCUCCUUGCGACAACAACACUGAAAUAACUACCGUUUGUGUUGAUCUUGUGACCACCACCGCCGCCUGAGCCGCUGCUGCUGCUGCCGUCCCCGCUGUCAACAUGCUCACUAAAGAAUACCGCAUCACACUGCCGCUCAGCGUGGAGGAGUACCACCUGGGGCAGCUGUACGGCGUGUCGGAAAUGAGCAAGCGGGAAACGGGCGGCGGCGAGGGCGUGGAGGUGGUGACCAACGAGCCCUUCACCGACCAGCCGCUCUUCCACGGCGAGCACAGCACCGGCCAGUACACCUACAAGAUAUACCACCUCAAAAAGAAGGUGCCCAUGUUCAUUAGGAUGCUGGCGCCGGAGGGAGCACUGGAGGUGCACGAGAAGUCCUGGAACGCUUACCCCUACAGCAGAACCGUCUAUUCCAACCCCUACUUGAAAGCCAACUUCCACCUGUCCAUCGAGAGUCUCCACGUCGCCGACACGGGAGACACAGACAACGUCCACCGGCUGUCCGCGGAGCUGUGGCGGUCGACAGGGGUGGUUCGGAUUGACAUCGUGAACGACGAGGUCAACUCCGCGGACUACAAGGCCGACGAGGACCCCUCCAAGGUGGCCUCUAAGAAGACUGGCCGCGGACCCUUCAAAGGCGCGCGCUGGUGGGAGAAGGUCCAGCCCGUGAUGACCUGCUACAAGCUGGUCACCGCAGACUUCCGCUGGCUCGGCCUCCAGACACGCAUGGAGCGUCACAUUCACGACUUCGAGAGGCGGCUCUUCCUCAACUUCCACAGGCAGGUGGUGUGCUGGCUGGACCAAUGGCACGGCCUCUCCCUCGACCACAUCCGCAAGCUGGAAGACGACACACAGAAGGAAUUGCAGGAGCAAAUGCAGUCCGGGGAAGUGCGAGGAACUGUGGUCACCUAGUAAUGAUCAUGUAACAUCAGGGACGAGGGUGUACUGGGUCGACAUCCUCCGCACCGCCACCGCCGACACCGCCAGCCUUCCCGCCAGACACAAACAGCAGCUCGUCAUAUGGAACGCGGGAUGAUGCACCAGAAGUGAGAUGAAGCACGGAACACGGCACAGAAGACAUGGUAACGAGGAACACUAAGGGUCGGAUUACAAGAUAUAUCGCCGCCCAAGUACACAUAUUUGACAAGGCUUUCGAAGGAGUUGUGAGCAUUUCCAGGAGCAGUUUUAUGACCCUGGUGGUAGUGUGAAUCUUCUUCUGUACCAUGAACCUGAAGAAACACACAUUAGAACCCGACUGACCCCCUUUUUGACCUUUAGAAAUGGCUGAUGUGAGAAGCGAGAGUGUCUUAUAAUACCAACCUCAAUGUCGUUUAAAACAGUGAAGUAAGAAAAUCAUUGAAGAUACCGACUGGCAAAAACAAGAAGAGCAACACGUUUCACCGAAUAAGAAAAUAAAUACGAGAGGCGAGAUGGGACAAAAGAAGGCAGCACAAAAAAACAGAAAACAUCGAACAUUAGAACAGCUUAAAACAAAGAAGAUACACAGCACAGCAUUGAAGACGAAGUACAAGAACA